AUGGCGGCGCCCGUGCCACGUACAGAGGAGCACGAAGAGGGGCAAGAUGGCAGCGUACGGAGGGGCGGGAAGCCGGGCGAGGGGCGGGGCAAAGAGGCGGUGGAGGGAGAGGCGGGACUACGUCGAGAUGGCGGCGUCGACGGGGCGGGACGGGGCGGGAUGGGGGUUGACCGCGCCGCGUCGGGAGGCAACGGAGAGGCCGGGGAGCGGCUUAGGAGCAUGGAGGGUGGCGAGCGGCUUCUCCCCAAAGGUUUCCCCAAGCUGAAGAACGACACGUUCCUGCGCGCGGCGCGCGGGGAGGAGACGGAGCACACCCCGGUGUGGUGCAUGCGGCAGGCGGGACGGUACCUGCCAGAGUUUCGGGAGACACGGGCGUCACAGGAUUUCUUUGCCACUUGCCGGAGCCCCAAAUUGUGCUGUGAGCUGACACUGCAGCCGCUAAGACGAUUCCCCCUGGAUGCUGCCAUUAUCUUCUCUGACAUCUUGGUGGUGCCCCAGGCACUGGGCAUGGAGGUUGUCAUGGUGCCUGGCAAAGGACCCACGUUCACAGAGCCCCUGAAGGAGGUGGAGGAUCUGCUGAAACUGCGACAGAAGGUGGAUGUCACCGCAGAGUUAGGUUAUGUCUUCCAGGCCAUCACACUGACACGACACAGCCUGGAGGGCAAGGUGCCGCUCAUCGGCUUCUCGGGGGCACCGUGGACGCUCAUGUCCUACAUGAUUGAAGGUGGUGGCUCCACUACAAUGGCCAAGGCCAAGAGCUGGCUCUACCGUCACCCUGAGGCAAGCCACCGUCUGCUACGCCUGCUGGCUGAUGUCAUCAUUGAGUACCUGGUGGGGCAGGUGGCUGCUGGAGCGCAGGCACUCCAGCUGUUUGAGUCCCAUGCAGGGCACCUGGGCCCCGAGCUGUUUCAGGACUUUGCCCUGCCUUACAUCCGGGACAUUGCCCAGGCUGUCAAGAGCAAGCUGAAGGAGGAGGCACUGCCCCUGGUGCCCAUGAUCAUCUUUGCCAAGGAUGCACACUACGCCCUGCGCGACCUGGCCCACGCCGGUUACGAGGUCGUUGGUCUCGACUGGACCAUCCGGCCCCAGGAAGCUCGUGCGCAGAUAGGAAAAGAUGUCACCCUGCAAGGGAACCUGGAUCCGUGUGCUCUCUAUGCACCCAAGGAGAAGAUUGGCGAGCUGGUGAAGAAGAUGCUGGAGAGUUUUGGGACCCAACGCUAUAUUGCAAACCUGGGCCAUGGCCUCUACCCUGACAUGAACCCGGAACAUGUGGGUGCCUUUGUGGAAGCUGUGCAUGCUCAUUCUCGUCAUAUCAACAAGCACAGCUGAACCUGGGGCCUUGGGGACAGGACUCUGGUUUGGGCACAGUCACGCAUGUUGUCACAGGGCUCACUCUAGGCUGGGCUGCAGCAUUAAACCAGGACCUUCUCUGCA